GUCCAAUUCUACUCACACAUCAUGUCAGUAUUGUUCACUUCUAUUUCGCCGAACAAUCCGGUCAAGAGGGAGGAUGCGGCCUCCCUUCUGCGCAAUCUAGAUCUAUCUCUUGACCAAGAAGAUGAAGAGGACUUUCAUACCCUCCUGGCGGCCGUCCACGACUGCGCCGAAACCGUGGCGAACCUGCCAGACUAUCAGCCAGUCCCCGAUCUAGAUAGAUACCCUCGACAGAAUGUUCACCGUCCAUCCUCAGAGGAACAAGUAUUUGGGCAGGCCUGGGCCCACAAGUUUCUGAUCAAGGGAAAUGCGGAGGGAGGGCUUUUGGCGGGGAAGACGAUAAGCGUGAAGGAUUGCAUUGCCGUUGCGGGUGUGCCACAGUUGCUUGGAAGUGAUAUCAUUCCCUCUUGGACACCAAUUACAGAUGCGACGGUUGUGACUCGAGCUUUGGAUGCUGGUGCUGACAUUCAUGGUACUUCGACUUGUGAGAAUUACUGCCAUUCCACAGCGUCUUUCACAAGUGCUCAAGGAACCGUGGAGAACCCUUUCGCGACUGGAUACUCGGCUGGCGGAAGCACCUCAGGAGGGGCUGCCUUGGUUGCAGCUGGCUUGGUUGACAUUACGCUGGGUGGAGACCAGGGUGGGAGUAUUCGGGUUCCCUCUGCAUUCUGUGGUUGUGUCGGCUUGAAGCCUACGUAUGGGCUGGUGCCUUUUACAGGUAUUGCUAGUGGGGAUGCUAUUGAUGAUCACACGGGCCCGCUUGCUCGGAAUGUCAUCGACGUUGCCUCUUGCUUAGACGCUAUUGCCGGCUAUGAUGGCAUAGACGAUCGAUGCCUGGGGAGUCCUAAACACGGCUCUACCUCGUUCGCCAAGUCGCUUCAGGCUGAGGCUACAAGGCUCGAUGGUUUCAAAAUUGGAGUCUUGAAGGAAGGAUUUGAACACAGCACCGUGGACCCCGCGGUCAAAGAGUCGGUCAUGGCGGCCAUUCAGAAGUUCACGGAGCUUGGCGCAACAGUCGAGGAAGUAUCCCUUCCAGACCAUUACCAUGGGCCUGCUAUCUGGACCAUUCAGCAGCGUGUCUCAGGCUCUUUGACGCUGCUUGGACAGGCACAUGGUAGAAGGGGGCUUUACAUGACGGAGAUGGAGCGUGAAAGACUCCCGUGGACGAAGGAAGGCUUCCAAAGAGCCUUUCCAGCCACUAAGAACGUUAUUAUAAAUGGCCUCUAUCUUACCUCACGCUUUCCGGACUUGUACGGCAAAUCGGUAAAUAUUGGCCGAAGGCUUCGGGACCUUUACGAGGAUCUUCUCCAGAAGUAUGACGUGGUUGUAAUGCCGACCACUCCUGUUGUUGCACCGAGACAUGGUGCGCGAGGCCUACCGGUCGAGUCUCUGAAGCCUAGCAUGGGCUUGACAAUCAACACGGCAAUCUUUGAUGUUACGGGGCACCCAGCGAUGUCUAUACCAGUGGGGUAUGCUCCGGCCAAGGAUGAUCCUCAGAUCAAGCUCCCGGUCGGUAUGCAGAUCGUCGGAGGGUUGUGGCAGGAACACAAAGUACUCAAGGCGGGAUAUGCAUGGGAGACAAACAACGAUUGGAAAAAGGUGGCGAGUAAUUGAUAAACACAGUACACUAGAGAUAGAAUUUUAUAGAAGUUAGUCUAGGUGACGAACCUCC